AGUCUUAUUUUAAAAACAAAGGUUUAAUCUAAGACAUUUUUUUUGAAUUUUUGAAAAAACUAUUUUCUUUGAAAAAAAUCGUAUUAAAAAAUGGUAUUCUUCAAGAAUAAUUUAUGCACUAAUAGAAAGUUUUUUCCAAAAUUCGAAGAAGAUAUAUCCUAAAUGAAACCUUCGUCUUUAAUGAGAUUUUGUCCAUUAAAAUUGGUAAAGAAUUACGCCUAUUCUCAUUGUUGGCGUAAAUACUAUUUUCGACAUUUUUCGCGUAAAAAAGUUUUAUACUGUGGCGCCCCUCGAAAUUUGCGGCGAAAGAAAAGAAGCUCCUAUCCCCACUACUGAUUUCCACAUACACUUAAAUGGGGUAUGUUUAUUUCGUGAAGCAGCAAUUACUUGCUAGUUUGAAUACGUAAAUAGCUGCUGCUUAGAUUUUUUGAAUCAUUCCAAACAAAAGAAAUACGUUUUACGAUACUUGCACAGAGAAUCUACGGUAACUUGGUCAUUUUUUGGACAGAUGAUUCUAUGACAAAAAUAAAAAAAUUUGUGUCCAAUGUCACAAAAAUUGUUAUAUUAAAGAAUAUAAUCAUAAACAUACUUUUUCUUAAUUUUUACGAUUAUCGAAUUGGUUUUCAUUUGUACUGCGAACAUCGAAACUCUCUCAUUUUAAACGUGAAAAUUUAUAAAUUAAUACCUUUGAUAAUUUUUCAAUUAUUUAAACGAUCUUCAAUGUAAAUGUAGUACAAUAAACUAAUAUUUAAACAAUAGUAUAUUUAUUUAAUUAUUAAAAAAACGGAAAUGCGCGAGGAACUUGAAAUAGUUUCAAUUUAAAAUUCCAAUACUUAAAAAUUUUCAUCUCAGGAUUGUUGGCCAUAUGCAAUAUCGAUAUAUUCGGAUUUAUUAUUGAUUUUAACGAAUACUGGAUCAGUUCUUUUGAUGUCAAUACAUCGAAGAUCUCUAUGAAUGUCUUUGCUGCAAGUAUCAAUGAAUAUUUUAAAUAUAUUUUUAUAUCACACAUUUUUUUCAAUAAUUUAUACAAUUUCUUAUUAAUUUAUACAGUUUCUUAUUAAUUUAUACAGUGUUACUACUUAUUUUGUUCGUAUUUUUUUGUUUCAGAAUUUCAUUGCAAUUGCGCACGUAGCGUUUUCUUUAUUUACUCUUAUUAAUUCUAAGUCUCAAGUGGGACCCAUAGUUAGGGCCUAGAAAUUCAGGAAGCACGAAUGGUCGUGCUUAAUAAUCCAUUAUGUCUGAAACUGAUGGUAUCAGACGAUGAAGCUAUCCGUAAGCGGAGUUUCAUACUUUUUCUGUUAAUUAAGAAGCUUGAAGCUCCCAAAAUGGAAAAGUAUCGCGAAACGUGGAGUUUAGAAUAGAGUCAACAGCGUCAAUUCAUAUGCAGCAACUUCCUCGUAAUGAAAAUUAGAUCGGUAUUACUAGCGAAGUCUGUAAAUCAUAUAAUGCAAGUACUACCAAACAAAUGGUUGCAUAUUUCAAUGUAUUUUCAAAAUCUUUUUGAUCUAAUUCUGAUUAUGUAUUAAUAUUUUAUAUUGCCAAUAAUUCUUCUACAGGUAAAUAAAUAAGAUAUAGUUAGGUUCAAAGAUAAUUUCUUUAAAUUUGCAAAUUUAUAUACUAAUUGUCGUAUGUGUUAAUUAUAUUUAUUAUUCUUUUAUUCUUUUAUCGUGAAACAAAUGCAUACAGACAUCGUAUUUAACACGGAUCACAGCAUGACGUACUUAUAUAUAUCUUUUUUUGAUGAUUUUAUCAUCAAAUUGUUAUAUUAUUAUAUACGCGUGAAGGGGAUUAAACGAGCAUAUACACUGAUACGAUAAACACAUGGUGAAGCAAUGUUGUCCGCUUGUCUCAUAGUUCAUGUUUUGUACGUACCUGUCGCUGAAGUCAUAUACGCUUCGAACAAGAAAUAGUGAAGAACCUUAAUGGCUGAAUUCAAAAUAUUCUACAUAUUUUUCGUAUGAUAAAGGUUAGAACGGAGAAGAUCGUAUACAUCCUAUUAUUGUUAAAUGUAUUUAAAAAUAAAAUAUAUAAUUAAAUAAAAAUAUUUUAUAAUGAAUGUAUUCAGAAUAGUAUCAUAUGUAUCUCAUAGAGCAUAUAGUAGAAAAAAUGUUGGUAUUCGAAGUAAAUUAAAGAUAUUAGAAGCUGCUAGAUCAGAAGUUAACCUCGAAGAAUUGGAUUUUCAUGAUUUAGAUGAAUUUGAAGCAGAGUUCAUGAAUGCUGAUAAGUUUCAUAAAAAUUAUGAGCGGGAAGUGAUAAAAAAUAGAAUCAAACUCAAGAAUCAAAUUGUUGCAACAAAAUAUUUUAAAAAAGACAAGGAUCCUAACUUUCUUACGUCUGUUGAAAAAGAUCAAAUAUUGAAACUGCAUCAAAGUAAUCCAGAAGAAUGGACUGUAGAAAUGUUAAGUAAAAGUUUUCCAGCUUUACCAAAUACUAUUAAAAAAAUUUUAAAGUCAAAUUGGUCUUACAAAUCAGUAGAACGAAUUUUGCAAUAUGAUGCUACUGUUAUUAAUAAUUGGAAACUAUUUAAAACAGGAAAAUUAUCUGUGAGUCCUGUUUUGCGAGAACAUUUAGCAAAAUUUAAAGAUAGAAAUAUUGUUUUACCUAACAGACAUCUCUUAGCAGAAAAGUUAAUACCACCAAAAUCUGAACUUCCAAAACCAAAAAGUACUUUUUUUACAAAUAUUGUUCAAAGUUAUUUAGAUCAGAAUAGAAGUGAUCAAUGCAAUAAUAAAAUAUUACAAAAUAAUACAGAAGCAAUUACAGAUACAAAUCUUUUAAAUAAUACUGUUAAUAAUAAUAUUAUUUCAAAAAAUAUGCUUGACAAAGGAAAUCCUAUGAAACAGAAAAUAUUGCAUAAAGAUAAUAUAGCAUUAAUUGGAUACAAUUCAGUCUCAUCUAAAAAAAAAAUUACUUUCGAUGAAUUUGCAAAGAAGGAACUUAAAAAAAUUUAUGCAAAAUGUCCAGAAGAAGGCAUUACAUUACUAAAUGCUUAUAAAAAUCAGUUUAAAAAACUUGACAAUACAUUUUCUGAUAUUAAUGAUGAUAUUGUACAAUCAGAACAUAUAAAAACAUUAAAAGAAAAAGAAGUAGAAGAAAAAAAAGAAUUGAUUUUUUCAACAUCAAUCCAAGAAGAAAAACUAACUUCUUUAAAAAAAAGUGAACCACCUCAACUUGUUCCUACAGACAAAAAAGAUUCCAAGUUAGACACUUAUGUGAAGGCAUGGAACAAAAAAAUAAAAGAACAUGAAGUAUAUUCACGACCAAUACAAAUACCACAAAAUAUAUACCAAAAAGGCAAAACUUACAGAAUUUCUGAUUGUUAUUAUGAUGAUGAUGGAGAGUUUUUGUAUAGAGUACCAGGUGUCAGAAAUUAAUGAUAAUACAAAUAGAUAAAUACGGCGCGUGCAUGUGUGUGUGUGUGUGUGUGUGUGUGUGUGUGUGUGUGUGUGUGUGUGCGUAUGUGCGUGUGUAUAUAUAUAUAUAUAUGCAUAGUACAUAAUGUGUAUUAAUAAAUACUUGUAUAUUUAUGUAAGAAGAUACAAAUAUACAAUUAAUUACUUAUAAAAACAAAAGUAUAGUACCUUGAUUUAUUAUUUAGGUUCGAAAACGAGCUUGGAAAUUAACUAAUGUAAAUUUUUUAUAAGUAUAUUUUACAUUUAUAGUAAAGUAUUAAUUAUUGGCAAAUGUAUAUAAUAAUAAAAUAUGAACUAAUAGAAAUCUAUUUGGAAA